AUGCUGCUCACCCUCUACACCUGUCUACUCCUGCUGAUGACCAGUGGCCUUGGGACCGUCCAGGCUCAGGAUAUCCAUGAGGACAAUGAGGACAUGAGUAUCAAUAGUCCUUAUCAGAAACUAGCUCCAAACAACAUUGACUUUGCCUUUAACCUGUUCCAGUACCUGCAGAGUGUGGCUCCCGAUGAGAAUAUCAUCUUCUCCCCUAUUAGCGUCUCCAUGGCCUUGUCCAUGUUGGCCCUCGGUGCUGAUAGCCAGACAGGCACCCAGAUCCUUCAGGGCUCUGGCUUCAACCACAGUGAAAUCCCUGAUUCUGAGAUCCACCAGAGCUUCCAGGAACUUUACCACCUCCUCGGGCAGUCCGAUGACAACUCAGAAAUGAACAUGGGAAAUGCAUUGUUCUUCAAGCAGAGCCUGAAGCUUUUGGAUUUAUACUCAGAAGACCUCCAGCACUACUAUGGAUUGGAGAAGGUGCCUAUAGAUUUCAAAAACUGGGCCAAAGGCAGCAAUCAGAUUAAUGAAUAUAUCAAGAGCAAAACACAGGGGAAAAUCUCAGACUUGCUCUCAGACCUGAAGGACCCAGCCCUCCUCACCUUGGUCAACUACAUCUCCUUCACAGGUACGUGGAAACUGCCCUUCCAUCCAGAUGAUACCACGGAGGGGGACUUCUUCAAGAAAGACGAUAGUGUGGUGAAGGUGCCCAUGAUGUACCAAGCGAACAACUUCAACUUCCUGUUUGACCCGCUGCUGGGAUGCAUUUCAGUGAUGUUGGACUAUGUGGGCAACAGCACCUUCUACUUCAUCCUCCCGGAUGUGAAGGAUAUAGACAACGUCAUCCAGGCUCUGAGCCAGGACGCCCUUCAGAGGUGGUCUGAGUCCGUGAUCACCAGGCCUCUAGGGCUCUACAUCCCCAGACUCUCCCUGUCUGGCACCUAUGACCUCGGGGACAUCAUGAAGGCCAUGGACAUCGUAGACUUGAAGAAGAAGCAGACAGACCUGUCUAGCAUUACAGGCAACGCCAAGCGGAAGUUGUCAAAGGUGCUGCACAAAGCCAAGCUGGAAAUCAGCGAGCAGGGCCUGCAGCAGGAGACCCCCACGGAGAGCGCCGGGCCGAACGUGGCCAACACGAAAAGCGUCCGCGUGGACCGGCCCUUCCUCUUCAUGGUGCUCGACAACGUCUCCCAGAGCAUUCUCUUCCUGGGCAAGGUGAUGACUCCAUUCUGA